AUGGAUCCUCGUGUAGUCUGGAAGGAAUACUUGAGAGAGCUGUGUUUCUCCUGCAACGACUCUUCAGAUGAGGAAGAUGAUAUGUUCAUAGAGACUAUGAGAGCCUGGCAAGCCGAGUCGGAGGAAUCGGAGAGGCGACCUUGGGGUGGUUUAGUGCCUGGUCGGAAGCGCAUCCACCGUUAUUGGCUGGAGGGCUAUAUUAGGUUGUACAACGACUACGUUGUCGAUCCUCCCGUGUACCCCGACUACAUUUUUCGUCGUCAGUUCCGGAUGAAACGUAAACUUUUCCUCAAGAUCGUGGGAGCGGUUGAGGAGAAGGACCCGUGGUUUCAACAGAGGAGGAACGCUGCAAGCGAGCUAGGGCUGUCCGCACUGCAAAAAGUGAUUGCGGCGUUUCGUAUGCUAGCAUAUGAUACGCCAGCCGAUUCUCUAGAUGAGUGCCUCCGUCUAGGGGAGAGCACCAUCAUUGAGAACAUGAGACGUUUUGUCUGUGCUGUCGUCGAAGUGUUUGGCGAUGAGUACCCCCAUUCUCCGAAUGUUGAGGACACUGCUCGUUUGCUUGCUAUCAACGCGCGCAGAGGGUUUCCAGGGAUGCUGGGAAGCAUUGAUUGCAUGCAUUGGAGGUGGAAGAACUGUCCGACGGCGUGGUUAGGUUCUUUUACCUGCCAUGUCAAUGCUCCAACGAUCAUUCUUGAGGCGGUUGCAUCGCAGGACCUGUGGAUCUGGCAUACCUUUUUCAGCAUGCCAGGUUCGCUCAAUGACAUUAACGUUCUACAUCGGUCACAUCUCCUCGACGACCUUGCCGCAGGCGAGGCCCCAAAGGUUCACUACAGCAUUAAUGGACACCAUUACACCAUGGGCUACUACCUUGCGGACGACAUAUAUCCGUAA